AUGCCCAAAGAUGAUGUGGAGGAGUCACUCGUUGAACAAAAACAUCAUAAAAUUAUUGUCAAAUCUCCCGGUCGACGAAAGUUGAAAUGUUACAAUGACGGAUUAAUCAUUAGUAUUUGCAUUUUCCUUCUUCUCGUUGGCUUAGCAAUUUCAUUGUUGGUUUAUGUGAAAAGUCAUCCUGGAUGGGUUGAUGGUCUAAUAUCGCACAGUUACGAUGAUCGAAAGCAUCAUCAGGACAUGGUCGAUCGGAUAAAUGCUGAACAAAAUUUGUGGAGGGCAAAAUACAAUCCAAGUGCCGCUCGUCUGAAAGAUGUGCAACCAUAUGAAAUCGACGAUGAGAAAAUGUUGGAAAGGCACCGGAACGAGACAAGUGAAGAGGCUUUGCAGGAUACGAAAACUCAUCUCAUACAACUGUUGGGCCUGAGGGAUCAUCUACCGAAGACAUUCGACGCGAGAAGGCGGUGGCCCGAUUGUCAGUCGAUGCGUCAAAUUCUCGAUCAAGCCGGGUGUGGAUCUUGUUGGGCAGCUUCCGCCGCAUCGGUGAUGUCCGACAGGAUAUGCAUAGCUUCAAAUGGAAAACGACAAAUACAAAUCUCGGUCGAGGAUCUCUUGGCAUGUUGUCCACACUGUGGAGGUUGUCUUGGCAGUCUGCAUUCGAUCUCUCCAUUUAUCCAUUUCAAAGAGCAUGGGAUUGUGACAGGUGGUGAAUUCAACUCAAAUGUUGGCUGCAAGCCCUACUCUUUUCCGCCAAAUUGUGGCAGUCCUUGUUCACCGAGCAAUUUUGACUUAUCGAGAACUCCAAAAUGCAGCAAACAAUGUCGUCCUGAUUAUGAGAAAACUUAUGAAGAAGAUUUGAUCAGAGCCAGCCAAGCCUAUUGGGUUUGGGCAGAUCGAUCCUUGUUUGAUGUGGCCACAACGGAAAAGAUGUGGCCAUGGCAGUUAAAACUUCAUCUUCAGGACAAGUAUAGCGAAGAGCUGAUCAAACGCGAGAUCUACCACUUUGGCCCCAUUCAAGCCUGUAUGACCAUCCAUGAACAGUUUCAACACUAUGAAUACGGAAUCUACUCAAGUGAAACUUUCUCCAAUGUCAUUUAUGGUCAUUGUAUGAAAUUGUUGGGAUGGGGUGAACAAGAUGGAAAAGAAUAUUGGCUAUACGCGAACUCGUGGGGGAAAAGCUGGGGAGAGAAUGGUUUUAUACGAAUCAAUAUGAAAGACGCUAUAUUGCACGCCUCGGCUGGACUUUUA